CAGCAUGGAUGAGCUGUGGAUGGACGGUCUGGCGCUUAACCUAUUUCCAGUUCUAUUGGGGAAAACUUCGGUUCCAAGGACGCUUUAAAAAAGCCCAGCUGCCCCUUCUCCUGAGGAAGCAGCCUAAGACGAAGCAGCUGGGAUAUUGCCCCCCGUGCCAGACACCAGGACAGCCUGUGAUAUGCCUAGGAAGGAGCUGGGGAUGGCUGGCUGCAACUCUGGCAGCUGUGACAGCAUGGUCAGCACAGCCUCCAACCACUCGCAACGUAGUGAUAACAGUUACGACUACUUAUCUGUGGAAGAAAAAGAGUGUUUGAUGUUCUUAGAAGAAACUAUCGGCUCACUGGAUGCAGAAGCAGACAGCGGGGUCUCUACUGAUGAGACUGACUAUGUGGAGCCCUCCAAGCUGCCUGGGACGUGGCUCAGGAGAGACUCCAGUGCGCAGGAUAUGGAAAACGGGGCUCCCCCUCCGAGUGCAGGUCAGCAGCGUGCAGCUGAACAGAAGAGUGCUAAGAGCAUCUCUGCCUUCUCCAGCUCGGCUCCAGCAGCAGCUCCAAGCCCCGGCUAUUACAGUCUUCCAAGGAGCAUCACCGUAGCAAACGGAGCUUCUGACAGCAAAGCAACGGUCUGCACAAGGGGGGACCCAGUGCCAGUAGAUAAAUCUUCACAGGAGAUGGCCAAGGAGGACAGGCUUGACCAUGCCAACACAAGACACCAGAUGAAGUCCCUGGAAUCUUUGAUUAUCCAGCCUCCAGAUCCCUUCCAGGAUGAUCAGGUGAGCCACGAGUGGUCAUGUAGCAAUUGCUCUGAUGCCAAGAAGGAAACAGGCAAGGAGACCAAGACUUGGACUUCAUGGAAUCAGUCAGAGAAAUCCAGAUUGGAAGAGGCCCCUCAGGACCCUGAUGCCAAGCGCGGGCCUCCAACUGCCCCCAAACCACGAAAAUUGCCACCAAACAUUAUCCUGAAAACCAGCAAAACCAGCCAAGUGCCGCUUGCAACGGAGCCCAGCCAGAAGGUAAAAGCAGCGCCUCCGUCCUUGGCUAGCUCUCAGCCCGGCUCAGCCAGCGAUGCUGCUGCCGAAAAGCUGAAUUCAGGGCACCUCGACCCCAAGGAGAGGGAGAAAGCCCGGCGGGAGGCACUGGAGAAGCUUGGACUGUCGCAGGACAGGAGGGAGCCCAGUGCCCACCUUCAACCUACUGUGCAUCCCCACCCAAGGGAGAUGCCCUUGCCCAUCCCUGCGGAGCCCGAGGCAGGCUGCGGGGCAGCGGAGAGGUCAGUGCCAGGUAUUCGGCCGAUGACCUUCAAAUCCAACACCCUGGAACGCUCCGGCGUGGGGCUGAGCAGCUACAUAGCCAGCACCAAGGAGCAGAGUGUCAAGACCAGCAGCUCCUUGGGCAAGAUGUCCUUCAUCGAGCGGCUCGCCCCAAGCUUCCUCAGGAGCAGCCGCCCCCGGCCAGCAUCCCUUGGAGAGGGGAAGGACUUUGCUGGUCUGAAGGAGCCCAGGCAGACAGAGCAGGAGAAGAGCAGCAAGCGGCGAUCCCACCCUCUGCAGAACUUCCCCAAGCCCCCCCGCUCCUGCAUCAGUGUCAAGAUUUCCCCCAAGGGCUCAACAGAUGAGAACCGGCGAGAGGCGCUGAAGAAGCUCGGUCUGCUGAAGGAAUAGCUCUGUGGGUGGCAGGGCUGCUGGAAAAGGGGCUCUUCACCCCAGAUCCAGGCGCCUUCACUGCCUGUCCCCAGGCAGCACAGCCAGAAGUGCCUUCUGCUGUCAUCUCCUGGCCCAGCAUCUUGGGAGAGGUACCACAAGAGGUAUUUGGAGCUUCACGUCAAAUAAAGUAACACCCUCUGUACAUAGUAUUUGUAUAUAGCAGGUGUAUAUGAGCUAUUUAUAUAAAGCAUCACUCAGCACAUGGACGGGGCAUGCUCCUCUACAAAGUCUUUAAUGCAUUUGGGGAUUCUUUGGAACAGGGAAGCCGUGGAAUUGGGAGCUUGGCUUAUUUUAAAAGGCGUUGCCUGUGGAUAAAACGUCUCUGGGAAGAAUUGCAGGACUUUGCAGCUCCUUCAGGAUUUUAUGGGGUUUCUUUGUUAAUUUUAUCAAAGUCUCUGAGGCCUGAGCACUCACUUGCCCCAUGCAAGUGCCUCCCCAAAGCCACCACUGCCACAUAUACUGUGGGACCAACGGGCACCGACCGGAGCAGGCUCAGCAACGCUCCCCAUGCACGAGUGCUCCUCGUACAGUGCCUGCAGGUGAGAGGAAAGGGCUGCAGACAUCCCACCGCCUCCCCUGCUGGACUGCUCUCACAUCCAGCCCUGACAAUCUGGAUAUAGCACUUAGAAGAGGCACAAACACCCACAUUCCUCAUGAAGUGACAGCUGAGAAGCGACAGACACACCAAGUGUGCUGGUGGCAGACCCAGCACUGCUGCCCAAAAGGAGGGAUGCAAGUCUGAGACAACACCAUUUCAUCCCCUUUCAAACUCUUCCUGCAUCUUUCAGGCCCAGCUGAUGCUGCCAACGUUUAUGCUGCACACCUUUUACAACAGAGGUGGUUUAUUUCUGUAAUAAACUUGUAUAUGAUCAGAAAA